UCAGCGAAUGAGUUUUGAUCAUUGACAGGCAGAUUAAUACUAUUUGAUCCAUUCUGUUUAUUUCAAAGUAAGUUUUUUGUGUUUGUCUUGUUGACUUUUUGUCAUCUUCACAUAUAGGUGUUUGGAUGUUGAGGAGCAGUGAAGAAUGACAAAAGAAGAGCCAGACUCAGUCCUGAAGCUGAGGCUUUCCAGUUUAUUGCAUCUGGAACAGACAAGUCUUGUUUACAGGUCCAGUGGAUCAGUACAUAUAAAGAUAUCACAUGCAGAGGUCCCGACUCGACCCCCUGCAGACCCAGAGAUGAGUGAGGGAGCCACAUCCUCCUUCCAACAGAUAUCACAUGCAGAGGUCCCAACUCAACCCCCUGCAGACCCAGAGAUGAGUGAGGGAGCCACAUCCUCCUUCCAACAGAUAUCACAUGCAGAGGUCCCGACUCGACCCCCUGCAGACCCAGAGAUGAGUGAGGGAGCCACAUCCUCCUUCCAACAGAUAUCACAUUCAGAGGUCCCAACUCAACCCCCUGCAGACCCAGAGAUGAGUGAGGGAGCCACAUCCUCCUUCCAACAGAUUCCCAGCAGGACACAGCACUUAAAGAAGGUGCAUCCCAAGAUUCUUUAAAAAGGUCCAAAGGAAAGCAAGCUGGGAAGGCGAGAACCAAGUGGACAAGUGAUGAAGUAAAAGCAAUUGAGCGGCACAUGUUAGAUUUUAUAACAAGCUGCAAAGUACCAGGUAAAACGGCAUGUGAGUCCUGCCUCAAAGCAGAGGCGGUUGCUCUGAAGGAUAGAGACUGGGCUGCCAUCAAAUUCUACAUUCACAACAGAAUCACUUCAUUAAAAAGACAGAUGAAUAGAAAUGCAGUUAACUCAUAAAGACCCAAACCUGCACCACCAACCAAAACC